AUACAGCAAAAGAGAUAUCAUACUAGGGCUUAUACCGGCCAUUAGUACUGAUUACUGGGGAGGUUUUGAGGUGCAAAAUGGCCGUGAUGAUUGGAAUCGCUUUCAGAGUUUCUUGGCUUUGUUGCCUGCUAAUUGGAGGGAUAACCUGUUCUACAUCAAGUGAUGGGUAUCCUGCACUAGGUUCUGAUGCAGCAUGGCUCUAUGCCGGCUCACUUAGGUCUAAAGGAUAUGGUAAUUACAACUCUCCAACAGCUCAAAUGCAAGCGCAGCUGACCGAAGAGCAACAGAAGCAUCCGGCCGUCAUCCUGCAAAAGCAACUGGUCCACAUGCCCCAGGCACCUCAGAAAAUGUGGUAUCCAGCUCAAAUGCCCCAGCAGGAAAAGCAACCGGCCGCCAUGACCCAACAGCAGACUCUACCGGACAGUUAUCCUAAGCAGCCUCAAGCAGUGUUGUAUCCAGCUCAAAUGCCCCAGAAGCAACCAGCUACUGAACUUCAGCAUCAGAAGGAACAGGCCUCCAUACCCCAGCUACCUCAGCAAGUGUGGUAUCCAGUACAAAUUCCCCAGCAGCAGAAGGAACUGACCACCAUGCCCCAGAAGCAACUGGCUCCAAUUCCUAUACUGCAGAAACAACCAACCGCUAUGCCCCAGCAAGCAUGGUAUCCAGCUCAAAUGCAGCAGAAGCAACCAGCCCCAAUGCCUCCACUGCAGAAGCAACCGGCCACCAUGCCCCAGCAAGUGUGGCAUCCAGCUCAAAUGCCCAAGCAACAAAAGCAACCAGCCACUGAACCUCAGCAGCAGAAGGAACUGUCCGCCAUGCCCCAGCUUCUUCAGCAAGUGUGGCAUCCAGCUCAAUUUCCCCAGAAGCAACAUGUCCCUAUGCAUCAACCGCAGAAGGAACUGACUGCCAUUCCACCACAACUGUGGCAGUAUGCUCAAAUGCCCCAGCAGCAUAAGCAACUGGCUGCCAUGCUUCAGCAAGUGCGGCAACAGGCCACCAUGCCCCAGAUGCCUCACGAUGUGUGGUAUCCAGCUAAAAUGGUCCAGAAGCAACAAGCCGCUGCAACUCGGCGGCAUAAGGAACUUAACGCCAUAACUACGCAAGAGUGGCAUCCAGCUCAAUUUCCCCAGCAGCAGAAGCAACCAGCCCUAAUGCCUUUACCGCGGAAGGAACUUACCGCCAUACCUCAACAAGUGUGGUAUCCAGCUCAAAAGCCCCAGAUGCAGAAGCAACCGGCCGCAGAACUUCAGCAGCAAAUUGAACCGACCUCCAUUCCUCAGCCACCUCAGCAAGUGUGGCAACCAGAUCAAUUUCCCCAGGAGCAGAAGCAACCAGCCCCUAUGCGUGUAGCACAGAAGGAACUGACUGCCAUACCCCAACUGUGGCAAACGGCUCAAAUACCGCAGAAGCAACCGGCUGCUGAACCACAGCACAAUGAACCGGCCACCAUGCCCCAGCAAGAGUGGCAUCCACCUCAAAUGCUGCAGACGCAACCAAGCUCCAUGCCCCAGCAAGUGUGGUGUCCAGCUCACAUUCCCCAGCAGCAGAAACAACUGGCCACCAUGCUGCAGAAGCAACCAGCCCCAAUGCCUCAACCGCAGAAGCAACUGGCCACCAUGCCCCCGCAAGUGUGGCAUCCAGCUCAAAUGCCUCAGCAGCAAAAGCAACCAGCUACUGAACCUCAGCAGCAAAUUGAACCGACCGCCAUGCCCCAGCCACCUCAGCAAGUGUGGCAUUCAGAUCAAUUUCCCCAGGAGCAGAAGCAACCAGCCCCUAUGCAUCUAGCGCAGAAGGAACUGACUGCCAUACCCCAACAACUGUGGCAAAUGGCUCAAAUGCCCCAGCAGCAUAAGCAACCGUCUACCAUGCUUCAGCAAGUGUGGCAUCUGGCGCAGAAGCAACAGGCCCCUAUGCCCCAGCAGACUCACGAUGUGUGGUAUCCAGCUAAAAUGGUCCAGAAGAUACAAGCCGCUGCAACUCGGAGGCAGAAGGAACUGACCGCCAUAACUAAGCAAGAGUGGCAUCCAGCUCAAUUUCCCCAGCAGCAGAAGCAACCGGCCUCCACGCCUCUACCGCAGGAGCAACUGACUGCCGUAUCCCAGCAAGUGUGGUAUCCAGCUCAAAUGCCUCAGAAGCAUCUGGCCUCCAUGCCGCAGAAGCAACCGACCACCAUUCCACAGCAACCAGUGUAUCCAGCUCAAAAGCCCCAGCUGCAGAAGCAACCGGCCGCUGAACCUCAGCAGCAAAUUGAACCGACCUCCAUUCCCGAGCAAGUGUGGCAUCCAGCUCAAUUUCCCCAGCAGCAGAAGCAACCGGCCUCCAUGCCUCUACCGCAGGAGCAACCGACUGCCGUAUCCCAGCAAGUGUGGUAUCCAGCUCAAAUGUCCCAGCAGCAACUGGCCUCCAUGCCGCUACCGCAGAAGCAACUGACCAACAUGCCUCAGCAAGAGUGGCAACCAGCUCAAAUACCGCAGAAGCAAUCGGCUGCUGAACCACAGCAGAACGAACCGACCACCAUUCCCCAGCAACCAGUGUAUCCAGCUCAAAAGCCCCAGCUGCAGAAGCAACCGGCCACCAUACCCCAGCAAGUGAGGUAUCCAGCGCAAAUGUCCCAGCAGCGGAAGCAACACACUGCCAUGCCACAGCAGCAACUGACCCCCAUGCCUCAGCUAUUAUGGCAUGUAGCUCAAAUGCCCCAGAAGCAACUGGCCCCAAUGUCUCAGCAGAAGCACUACGAAAGCACUGAAGAUUGUGCCUGUGGUAGCUCUCAGGCCAGCAUCGUUGAACAGUUGGGUGUCAUCCCAAUCUAUUCCUACAGUUCCAAAUCGCACUACGAGAGUGGCAGAACUGUCUUCUCCCAAACCCGCUACACUCCUAGGGAGGCAAUGCCUGUUGACAGUGGAAAUUCUCCCAAGGACAGUUAUGUUGUCAUUGGUGCACCAAGCAUAUAUCCACCAGUAGUGAAGGAUUCUGCAAGGAAAAUGUAAUGGAUUCAUCCUCUAGAAGCUCUAAUGGAAGUUGCUGGUGCUCUUGCUACUCUAGCGUGAUGGAAUCAAUAAACAAUUUUACUUGUCUCUUUGAAA